CGCCCUAGUGAGAAGCUGGAGGCCGGAGUGCGCAGUGCCGGCUGAGACUCGCCCGUGGACCCUGGGAAGCUCCGGGAAACUUUCUGAACGUAAGGAGAGGGCGUCCAGUACUGCGCUGCUCGGGCGAUGCGCGACUCUGCGCGGCGGCGGCGGCGCGGACUCAGAACCCGGGACCAGAGGCGCUCCGGAUCCUAGUGCAGCCCGACCCCUGUCGCUGACAAUGCAUGGGAUGGCCAAUGUGAAUUCUGCCAGCCGCCCACACUACGCCUCUUCCAUCCCUGUGCCUCGAGCUUCCUCACAGACCAGGAUUCACACCCCAGGCGCUUCUCCCCAGCUGCGGCCUAGGCAGGCUGACUUGGCCCUGAGCCCCCAGCGUGCUACCUCCCCAAGACGGGGCAAGACUGCAGUCUCUUCCAGAAACUCUUCACCCAAGGCCUACAGAGGAAGAGGCACCCCCAGGGCUGUAGGGCCAGCCAAGGAGUUGGCUGAGAGUGUAGAAAGCCUCCCCAGCUCCCCUUGGAGCAGCCCAAGGAUAACCCCCAAAACAGCCCUCUCCAGUCAGGCGGGAUCCAGAAGAACUGGGGAGACACAAAGCACCCAGAGGAAGAAGACCCAGGAAGGGAUCUCAGCUCGCCAGACCAGGGGAAGGAGCCCACCCCAGACAAGCUGUUAUGGAGAAACUCAAAUUCCAGGGCCUACUGAAGGUCGAAUGCUCCCUACCUGCCAGGGCAAAGAACAAAGAGACAAAACCUACAAACGCCCUAGGUCUCUGGAGCCUGAUGAAGGGGCAGCUUCAGGGACUUCCUCUCCAGUCUGCAGCCCUGUGCACAGCGUGAGGCCCUCUCCUACUCCUGGGGUCAUUAGCUUUUCCUCCGCCCAUCAGCAGAGCCAGCCAAUCACAGCCACGGUGGCCCCCUUUCAGUACAGGUUGCAGACAGACCAGGAGCCUGGCCCUGUUCCUCAGGAAAGCUGGACCCUUGAUGGAUACACCAGCCCCACUAACAGGACUGAGGACAGCUUGUCCUGCAUGGACGCGCGGAUCGUCCAUGCGCUCCUGGCAGGCAGAAUGCUGGGCAGCAGCGUCAAGAGCGUGCAGCCCGAGGUGGAGCUGAGCGGCGGCAGCGGCAGCGGCGGCGACGAGGGCGCGGACGAGCCUCGGGGAGCCAGCAGAAAGGCGGCCACGGCGGACGGCAGAGGCAUGCUGCCCAAGCGCGCCAAGGCGGCGGCGGGCGGCAGUGGCAGUAUGGCCAAGGCCAGUGCAGCGGAGCUGAAGGUCUUCAAGUCCGGCAGCGUGGACAGCCGUGUCCCCGGAGGGCCGCCGGCCUCCAACCUGCGCAAACAGAAGUCGCUCACCAACCUCUCGUUUCUCACGGACUCCGAGAAAAAGCUGCAGCUGUAUGAACCAGAGUGGAGCGAUGAUAUGGCCAAGGCACCCAAAGGUUUGGGCAAAUUGGGGCCCAAGGGCCGAGAGGCUCCUCUAAUGUCCAAGACACUAUCCAAAUCAGAGCAUUCGCUCUUCCAGCCCAAAGGAGGCCCUGCGGGCGGCGCCAAGACCCCACUGGCUCCACUAGCGCCCAGCCUAGGCAAACCCAGCCGGAUUCCUCGCGGACCCUAUGCGGAGGUCAAACCUCUCAGCAAGGCGCCUGAGGCAGCCGUGAGCGACGAUGGCAAAUCGGAUGAUGAGCUGCUUUCCAGCAAGGCUAAGGCGCAAAAGAGCUCAGGGACCGUGCCCUCAGCCAAGGGCCAGGAGGAGCGGGCCUUCCUCAAGGUGGACCCCGAGCUCGUGGUGACCGUGCUGGGCGACCUGGAGCAGCUGCUCUUCAGCCAGAUGCUGGAUCCAGAGUCGCAGAGAAAGAGGACAGUGCAGAAUGUUCUGGAUCUUCGACAGAACCUGGAAGAAACCAUGUCCAGCCUCCGAGGCUCCCAGGUGACGCACAGCUCCCUGGAGAUGACUUGUUACGACAGUGACGACGCCAACCCUCGAAGUGUGUCCAGCCUCUCCAACCGCUCGUCUCCUCUCUCCUGGCGCUACGGCCAGUCCAGUCCCCGGCUGCAGGCUGGCGAUGCACCCUCUGUUGGGGGAAGCUGUCGCUCUGAGGGGCCGCCAGCCUGGUACAUGCACGGGGAACGGGCACACUACUCCCACACGAUGCCUAUGAGGAGCCCUAGCAAGCUCAGCCACAUCUCUCGCCUGGAGUUGGUGGAGUCCCUGGACUCCGAUGAGGUGGACCUCAAGUCCGGCUACAUGAGUGACAGUGACCUCAUGGGCAAGACAAUGACAGAGGAUGAUGACAUCACGACAGGCUGGGAUGAGAGCAGCUCCAUCAGCAGUGGGCUCAGCGAUGCCUCCGACAACCUCAGCUCCGAAGAGUUCAAUGCCAGCUCCUCGCUCAACUCCCUUCCCACUACCCCCACGGCUUCCCGCAGGAGCUCUACAAUAGUGCAGCUGCGCACAGACUCAGAGAAGCGCUCCCUGGCAGAAAGUGGGCUGAACUGGUUUAGUGAAUCAGAGGAGAAGGCCCCCAAAAAACUGGAGUACGACAGCGGCAGCCUAAAGAUGGAACCUGGGACCUCAAAGUGGCGGAGAGAGCGACCAGAAAGCUGUGAUGACUCUUCCAAGGGUGGAGAACUGAAAAAGCCCAUCAGCCUGGGGCAUCCGGGGUCCCUGAAGAAGGGCAAGACCCCACCAGUGGCUGUCACCUCUCCCAUCACUCAUACAGCCCAGAGUGCCCUCAAAGUUGCAGGCAAGCCUGAAGGCAAAGCUACAGACAAGGGCAAGCUCACAGUGAAGAACACUGGGUUACAACGCUCCUCUUCCGAUGCUGGCCGGGACCGCCUGAGUGAUGCUAAGAAGCCUCCCUCGGGCAUCGCUCGCCCCUCUACUUCAGGAUCCUUUGGCUAUAAGAAGCCUCCCCCUGCUACUGGCACAGCUACUGUCAUGCAGACCGGUGGCUCAGCCACUCUCAGCAAGAUCCAGAAGUCCUCAGGCAUCCCUGUCAAACCAGUAAAUGGGCGCAAGACGAGUUUAGAUGUGUCCAACAGUGCAGAGCCGGGAUUUUUGGCGCCUGGAGCAAGGUCCAACAUCCAGUAUCGUAGCCUGCCCAGGCCAGCCAAAUCCAGUUCAAUGAGUGUGACUGGCGGGCGGGGUGGACCUCGCCCUGUUAGCAGCAGCAUUGACCCCAGUCUCCUCAGCACCAAACAGGGAGGCCUUACACCCUCCAGACUGAAGGAACCUUCCAAGGUUGCCAGUGGUCGGACCACUCCAGCUCCUGCUCCUGUCAAUCAGACAGAUCGGGAAAAGGAAAAGGCCAAAGCCAAGGCUGUGGCCUUGGACUCAGACAACAUCUCCUUGAAGAGCAUUGGCUCCCCAGAAAGCACUCCUAAGAACCAAGCAGGCCACUCUCCAGCCACCAAGUUAACGGAGCUGCCACCAACCCCUCUCAGGGCCACAGCUAAAAGCUUUGUCAAGCCACCCUCACUAGCCAACCUAGACAAGGUCAACUCCAACAGUUUGGAUCUACCAUCUUCCAGCGACACCCAUGCUUCAAAGGUCCCAGAUCUGCAUGCUACAAGCUCAUCAACUGGGGGCCCUCUCCCAUCUUGCUUCACCCCCAGUCCAGCACCCAUUCUCAAUAUUAACUCAGCCAGCUUCUCCCAGGGCCUGGAGCUGAUGAGUGGUUUCAGUGUCCCAAAGGAGACCCGCAUGUACCCCAAACUCUCAGGCCUGCACAGGAGCAUGGAGUCCCUCCAGAUGCCGAUGAGCCUGCCCAGUGCCUUCCCUGGCAGCUCUCCUGUGCCCCCGCCGCCUGCUGCCCCCGCUGCCCCAUCGGAAGAAGAGACUGAAGAACUGCCCUGGAGUGGAAGCCCCAGAGCUGGACAACUGGACAGCAAUCAGCGGGAUCGGAACACCCUUCCCAAGAAAGGACUCAGGUACCAGCUUCAGUCCCAGGAGGAGACCAAGGAGAGGCGGCACUCCCACACUAUCGGCGGACUUCCCGAAUCCGACGACCAGGCAGAGCUGCCGUCCCCCCCUGCCCUCUCCAUGUCCUUGAGUGCCAAGGGCCAGCUUACCAACAUAGUGAGUCCCACUGCGGCCACCACGCCAAGAAUCACCCGCUCCAACAGCAUCCCCACCCACGAGGCGGCCUUCGAGCUGUACAGCGGCUCCCAAAUGGGGAGCACCCUGUCCCUGGCCGAGAGACCCAAGGGAAUGAUUCGGUCAGGAUCCUUCCGAGACCCCACGGAUGAUGUUCAUGGCUCGGUGCUGUCUCUGGCCUCCAGUGCUUCCUCCACCUACUCCUCAGCUGAGGAGAGGAUGCAAUCUGAGCAAAUUCGGAAGCUUCGUAGGGAACUGGAAUCAUCCCAGGAAAAAGUGGCCACCCUGACAUCUCAGCUUUCUGCCAAUGCUAACCUGGUGGCUGCCUUUGAGCAGAGCCUGGUGAACAUGACAUCCCGCUUGCGACACCUGGCAGAAACAGCCGAGGAGAAGGACACAGAGCUGCUGGAUUUGCGAGAAACUAUAGACUUCCUGAAGAAAAAGAAUUCUGAGGCCCAGGCGGUCAUUCAGGGAGCACUGAAUGCCUCAGAAGCCACACCCAAAGAACUCCGGAUCAAGAGACAGAAUUCCUCAGAUAGCAUCUCCAGCCUCAACAGCAUCACCAGCCAUUCCAGCAUCGGCAGCAGCAAAGACGCUGAUGCCAAAAAGAAGAAGAAGAAGAGCUGGGUUUAUGAGCUUCGAAGUUCCUUCAACAAAGCCUUCAGCAUUAAAAAGGGUCCCAAGUCAGCCUCCUCGUACUCUGAUAUCGAGGAGAUUGCCACACCUGACUCCUCAGCCCCGUCAUCCCCCAAACUACAGCAUGGCUCCACAGAGACUGCAUCCCCCUCCAUCAAGCCCUCCAACUCAUCCUCUGUGGGCACUGAGGUCACCGAGGUCCCUGCUCAUUCGGUCCCCCACACUAGACUGUUCCAAGCCAAUGAGGAGGAGGAGCCGGAGAAGAAAGAGGUAUCGGAGCUGCGCUCUGAACUAUGGGAGAAAGAAAUGAAGCUUACGGAUAUCCGGUUGGAGGCCCUAAACUCUGCCCACCAGCUAGACCAGCUUCGGGAGACCAUGCACAAUAUGCAGUUGGAGGUGGACUUGCUAAAAGCAGAGAAUGACCGGCUGAAGGUUGCCCCCGGCCCCUCCUCAGGCUCCACUCCAGGGCAGGUCCCUGGAUCGUCUGCUCUGUCAUCCCCUCGCCGUUCCCUGGGCCUUGCACUCAGCCAUCCCUUCAGUCCCAGUCUCACAGAUACAGACCUAUCACCCAUGGACGGCAUCAGCACCUGUGGCCCUAAGGAAGAAGUAACCCUUCGGGUGGUGGUACGGAUGCCACCCCAGCACAUCAUCAAAGGGGACUUAAAGCAGCAGGAGUUCCUCUUGGGAUGCACCAAGGUCAGUGGCAAGGUGGACUGGAAGAUGCUGGAUGAAGCUGUUUUCCAAGUGUUCAAGGACUACAUUUCUAAAAUGGACCCAGCUUCCACCCUGGGACUCAGCACUGAGUCUAUACAUGGCUAUAGCCUCAGCCAUGUGAAACGAGUGUUGGAUGCUGAGCCUCCAGAGAUGCCCCCUUGCCGCCGAGGUGUCAAUAACAUAUCGGUCUCCCUCAAAGGUCUGAAGGAGAAGUGUGUCGACAGCCUGGUGUUCGAGACACUCAUCCCCAAGCCCAUGAUGCAGCACUACAUAAGCCUCCUGCUCAAGCACCGGCGCCUCGUGCUCUCCGGCCCCAGUGGCACCGGCAAGACCUACUUGACCAAUCGGCUGGCUGAGUAUCUGGUGGAGCGCUCAGGCCGCGAGGUGACCGAUGGCAUCGUCAGCACUUUUAAUAUGCACCAGCAGUCCUGCAAGGAUCUGCAACUGUACCUCUCCAACCUAGCCAAUCAGAUAGACCGGGAAACAGGAAUUGGGGAUGUGCCCUUGGUGAUCCUAUUGGAUGACCUGAGCGAAGCAGGCUCCAUCAGUGAGCUGGUUAAUGGGGCCCUUACCUGCAAGUACCACAAAUGUCCCUAUAUCAUAGGUACCACCAAUCAGCCUGUAAAAAUGACACCCAACCAUGGCUUGCACUUAAGCUUCAGGAUGCUGACUUUCUCUAACAACGUGGAACCAGCCAAUGGCUUUCUGGUCCGUUACCUGCGGAGGAAGUUGGUAGAGUCAGACAGUGACAUCAAUGCUAACAAGGAAGAGCUGCUUCGGGUGCUGGACUGGGUGCCCAAACUGUGGUAUCACCUCCACACCUUCCUUGAGAAGCACAGCACCUCGGACUUCCUCAUUGGCCCUUGCUUCUUUCUGUCCUGCCCCAUUGGCAUUGAGGACUUCCGGACCUGGUUCAUUGACCUGUGGAACAAUUCCAUCAUUCCCUAUCUACAGGAAGGAGCCAAGGAUGGGAUCAAGGUUCACGGACAGAAAGCUGCUUGGGAAGAUCCAGUGGAGUGGGUCCGGGACACUCUUCCCUGGCCGUCCGCCCAACAAGACCAAUCAAAGCUAUACCACUUGCCCCCACCCUCCGUGGGCCCUCACACCAUUGCCUCACCUCCAGAGGAUAGGACAGUCAAAGACAGCACCCCAAGCUCCCUGGACUCAGACCCUCUGAUGGCCAUGCUGUUGAAACUUCAAGAAGCUGCCAACUAUAUUGAGUCACCAGAUCGAGAGACUAUCCUGGACCCCAACCUGCAGGCAACACUCUGAGGGUCCAGCAGUCACUGUCACCAUGGACAGCAGAAGGCUGGCUUCAGCUUCAUUAGCUCUCCUCUCCCCUCUUCUUUCAGAGCUCUGGCUUACCAGCCUUACCAGGACAGGAGGGAAGAUGAGGGCAAGAGGAGGGAUGGGUUCUUGGUGCUGAACCUUUGGGAACUUCCUAGUAGGGACUGGAGGGGUGGAGUUUGGGCACUUGUGUCCCUAAAUGCAUUUACUGGCCUCCUCUCGUGACUGUGGAGAUGAUUCUGGGUCUUUUCUUCAGUUUUUGUUUCCCCUACAAACUCCUGGGGUUUCUGGGGAGGGAUUCGAAGACAUCGCAAAAGCCGUGCAGCAGUUCCUACCGGUUCUCAUGAACACCUCUGAGACAGUCACAGACGGGGAAGUCUGAAGGAGGCAGGAAACUCCACGGAUUUUCUUGCAAACCCUUCCCAAUUCUAUCAUCAUUGCCAACAACCUUUCCCCAGAGAUCUGGCCAGAGCCCAGAAAAAGAAGCAUGUGGUUUAACGAAAAAAAAAGAAAAAAAGAAAAAAAUUGUGUAAAUCAACCUGCAAGAGGUAAAAAGGCGAUGGAAGAGAUGAAGCUGGAAGGAGGGGACCCAGUUGCCAAGAUGGAAAGAGAGCUGCCAGAUCUUGCCUUCUGGAUGACAAGAGGGAACACUGACAAGAUGGCUUCCAAUCUAAGAUGUCACCAAACCACGGAAGUAACAUCACAGCUUUCAGAGAGACUAUGAGCUGCCUUUCUGUCCUCUAAUUGAACAUGCAUGAAAGUCAAUAAACCCAACUUUUUUUAAUUUUUAA